GAAUGCAUUGGUUUACAUUUCGUUUUGUGUAACACGCAAAAAGUCGGACUAUCGUGCUCGGGAACACGCUUCAAUAGAUUAACGUUCGUGCGCAGGAGCACGCAAUGGCGUGAUACCGGGUUGAUGCGGAGAGGCGAGCUAAGUGGAUCAGCGCCAUUAAAAGAGCCAGGAGCAAGCAAAAAAAGGCUGAAAAAUGGGACCCCCCGGCUGUUGGAUUCCGCUUGUGCAGCGAUCACUUCAUAUCAGGGAGAAAGAGUGAUAAUCCCUUGAGUCCGGACUUUGUUCCAUCUCUUUUCAACUACGUUCCAUCUCCAGAGAAGAGGAAAAGAAAAAUGAGACUGGAGGUUUUCAACAGAAAGCAAAGCUACAGAAGAUAGAGCAGACAAAGCUAUCUGCGAAAGCCAUCCCUCCCAGCUUCAACUUUUCUGCCAUUGCCUCCUCUGCUGGGUUUGAUUGAUCAAGUAAGUCAACAUUUCUGUUAAUGGACACCUCGUCAGGCAUUAUCCCUUGCAUCUUGCUCAUGUUACGUUUAUGAUACAAUUGCCUUUGGAGCACAGAAGAUUUCAUUGCAACCUCAUUACAUUCCCUCCAUAUUGGUUUCUGCUUCCCACUUUACUCACGCAGUCACAACACAUCAAUGGAACUAAAGCGCCCUGAUGUGGCAUGAAUGGUCUGCUAACAAUAAUGAGAAUAAUAAUGCCUCACACAUACAUUUUCCAGAAGGCCAUUUCAUGUAGCCGAAUCAAGUAGAGCAUCACAAAUGUUUUUUUUUGUCUAGUUUGUAGCAAUGAAACAGACAACACCACUAAAGUAUAUUCAGCAAUGUAUUUAUUUAAAAAACAACAUUAGGAGCAAUGAUUAGGAACAUUACAUUAGGAACAAUGAUCAAUUGAUUGCAACCUGUCUUUCUCAAAUGUCUCUUUUAGAACAAAAAUGAAUAGAAAGACUCUGCCUGUCUCCUCAAACGCCUUAAGACGAAGGGCACGUGUUGACGUCCAAAAAAGGCUUCUUGACAUUAGGACAGACAUGACUGACAUGGACAUGACGGCAAUGACGGCAGAUUACAGAGUUCUCUCUGAGGACACUGCUCCUACCUCUUCAGCUGCAGAUGCAGAUGCAUUUGAUUCACUUGAAGAUUUAAGUGAAGAGGACAUGGAUUUUGAUGAUGGGGAUGGGACAACAUGUUCAGAUUCUGAACCUGAUGUCCCAUCAGAUUCUGAACCUGAUGUCCCAUCCCCAUCCCUUUCCGAUAACAUUGCCAACUGGGCAGUGAGAUUUGGCAUUUCAAUGGUUGCCCUGACUGCGCUGUUGAGCAUACUCAACAUAACCCAUCCCAAUCUGCCCAAGGAUGGUAGGACCCUUCUCAAAACAAAAGUCCACUAUGAUAUUCAAGAGAAGGCUGGGGGUAACUACCAUCACUUUGGGAUCCUUUCCUCCUUAAGGAACACUUUAAAUAAACACGUCAAAAUACUGACAGAGGGCAUGACAUUGGGGCUGCAGAUUAAUGUAGAUGGUCUGCCUUUAUUUAAAAGUUCCACUUUACAGCUGUGGCCGAUCCUUGGAUUGCUAGUUACCGUCCCUAUGAAGGAACCAGUGGUGAUUGGGGCGUACUGUGGACCUAAAAAACCAAGUUCGGCCACAGAGUUCUUAUCAGAUUUUGUGACUGAAUUAAAGGAGCUCGAGGCUGGGUUUUGCUUUGGUGAUAAGAACCUCACAAUUGAGCUUCACACAGUAGUGUGUGACACCCCUGCACGGGCCUUUGUGAAAAAAACAAAGGCCCAUAAUGCUUACCAUGGGUGCGAUAAGUGCCAACACCCGGGGAAGUACCAGAAUCACCGCAUGUCGUUCCCUGGACCAGAGCACCCCCUUAGAACGGACAUGUCAUUCAACUUAAAGCUCGAUGAAAUUCACCACCAUGAGGGACCUCAUCCAUUUCAGGGUAUCAAGAUAGGCAUGGUAACACAGUUUCCAUUAGAUUACAUGCAUUUAGUCUGUUUGGGCGUUGUUAAAAAAAUGCUCCAGUUCUGGCUCCGGGGUCCUUUAACUGUGAGAAUGCCUGCACUGAUAGUUGACAGGAUUUCACAUGAACUCCAGUCUGUCAGGCCGAAUGUUCCAGUUGAGUUUGCCAGGAGACCACGGUCACUUAGAGAGUUAGACCGGUGGAAGGCAACCGAAUUCCGGCAGUUUUUACUGUACACUGGCCCUGUGGUGCUGGUGGGAUUCUUGGACCAGAAUAUGUAUUCUAAUUUCAUGCUCCUGUCAACUGCCAUAUCGAUCUUGGUAAGCCCUCAACAUCACAGCCUUGUAGACUAUGCUGGCCAAUUGCUGAAGUCUUUUGUUGCUCAUUUUGGUGAGCUGUAUGGGACAGACCAAAUUGUUUACAAUGUUCACUGUUUGGUCCACCUAGCAGACGAGGUGAAUCGAAAUGGCUCGCUCUGCCAUUGUCCCUGA